AUGGGGUGCACCUCGUUCGAAGAGGAGAUGAGUCUGAUCCUCAAAGUCAAGAAUCUGCAGGUUUUUCUUGAUAGGAAGGUCGCGUGGACUAAGAAGGAAUGGAAAUUCUGGGUUCACAACCGCGAGUUCCAGGAAAUCCAUAGAGCUGUGAGCGAUACUCAUGAUAUAUGCCUCCACCUCGCUGGCAGUGCCGCAUUACCACUUGCAAAUUACUGA